UGAAGUAUUUUGACAAUCAGAUCAGUGACGAUUAUAAACAAACAUUUACUGAAUUCACUCGAAGGCCGUGUGUGCAUUAAGUCCUCCACAAAUUGUGUUUUCUUCAAAUAACUCAUAAGAUGUUCAAAAAGAUAAACAACAGAAAUAAAUCAGCCAGAAAACGGGCGCAAAGCUCUUCUGAUUCCGAUGCAGCCAGUGAUACAGAGUCGAGUGCCGUUGUUCGUUCCAACAACAAAUCAAGGAAAAUCAAUCCAAACGUUCAUAAGACGUUGCAAUUGAAGUCUCGUAACCAAAAGCAAAAAAAGGAUUCAGACGGAUCAAGCAGUGACAACGAUAUAACCGUGUCAUAUAAAUCGAGAAGAACCGUCGAUACGGUUGGACCGAGCGAUCAAGGUGCGACUGCUGUAAAUGAAAUGGAAACGGAAAAUGAUCGCGACGCUCAAGCACUGUUCGAAAAGAGCCUGGAGGUCAACAAGGAAUUGGAAGGGAAGGCAGAUGAUAAGGUGUAUCGAGGCAUGAAUAACUAUGCUCAGUACUACAAAAAGAAGGACACGGCAGCGGGAAAUGCUAGCAGUGGAAUGGUGAGAAAGGGACCCAUCCGAGCACCAGCUCAUUUACGUGCCACUGUUCGAUGGGAUUAUCAGCCUGACAUUUGUAAAGACUACAAGGAGACGGGAUUUUGCGGCUUUGGAGACAGUUGUAAGUUCUUGCACGAUCGCAGUGAUUAUAAGGCGGGCUGGCAAUUGGAACAAGAACAUGCAGCCGGCUUCCGAGGCAAUGAUGCAGACUCGGACGGUGACGAUACGAAAUACGAAAUUCACUCUGACGAAGAGAGUUUGCCAUUCAAGUGUUUCAUUUGCCGGAAGAGUUUCGUUGAUCCAAUUGUUACGAAGUGCAAGCACUACUUUUGCGAGAAAUGUGCGCUGGAGAAUUACAAGAAAUCGUCGCGAUGUUACGUUUGUUCGGUGCAGACCAACGGUGUAUUUAAUCCGGCCAAGGAACUUAUUGCAAGAAUGGGACGGUCAGCUGAUGGCGAAGAGAUUGAAAAUGACUCGGAUGACAGUGAUUAAAUGCAGUUCCGAAUGACAAGAGA